CCUACUAGUCAUGUACAAUUUUAUUUCUGAUAAAUGGGCAUUGGGCCAAUUUAAUUUGUCUUUAAAAAAAAAGAAGUACCUACUACUGUCUAAAAAUGUUACUAUUAGCUGAAAUAUGAAGGUACAACAGCUACCAAUUCAAUAUAUAGAAAGGUGAUCAUUUGAAGCAGAGCAAAUCAAGCAGAGUUUAAAGAGAGCAUAAUGGAUAAGGAGGUUAGCAGUUUGAAACACUUAUUUGUGACAGUGUUUCUCUCAAAUUUUGCUAUAAUGGUGGUGAAUCCAGCAAUUAUUGAUAUCACUAUGGAUGCAAUUUGCCCUUCUCAAGACAAGUGCUCUCUUGCCAUUUAUCUUUCUGGUUUCCAACAGGCUAUUGUGGGAUUGGGAUCAAUGUUGUUGAUGCCUUUGAUUGGAAAUUUAUCUGAUGUGUAUGGAAGGAAAGCUUUGCUCACAAUCCCUGUCACUCUCUUGAUUUUUCCUUCAGUAAUAAUGGCAUAUAGGAGGACUACAAACUAUUUCUAUGCUUAUUAUGUUGUAAGGACCCUGACUGGCAUGGUCAGCGACACUGGAAUUCAAUGUCUCCCCAUUGCUUAUGCGGCUGAUUGCAUGCCGGAAGGGAAGCGUGCUUCUGCUAUUGGAAUUGUGGCGGGCGUAGGCUCUGCAGCAUUUGUAUGCUCUACCUUUGCUGUUCGUUUCCUCUCGACUGCUCAAAUAUUUCUGGUAUCGUCCAUUUCUUCAUCAGCCGCCGCAAUAUACAUGACGAUAUUCCUAGAGGACUCAAAUCGUCACAUUAAUACAGACGAGGAUCCUGUGAAUCAACCCAUAUUAUUAGCCAACAACGCUAAUGAAUGUACAAGUGACUCCUCUCCUAAGAAUAUUCCACCAUUUUACCAUGUUAUUUGCUUGCUCAAGAGUAGCACCACACUUUUAUUGGCAACAGCUAUUUCAUUCUUGUAUGGUCUUGCUGAGGGUGGAAUACAAACUCCAUUUCUGUACUUCUUAAGGGCUCGAUUUGGAUACAACAAAGACAAUUUAGCUGUGCUAAUGCUUAUUUGCUACGGAGGAGCAACAUUUUCUCAAUUAAUCUUAGUGCCUAGGUUGGCUCCUAUAAUUGGAGAGGAGACAAUACUUUGCUUGGCACUCAUAGCUGGUUUUAGCAACAUGCUAAUAGAUAGCAUUGCAUGGGUAGCUUGGGUUCCUUAUGUAGUUGCUUUGUUUCCUAUGUUUCUCUUCCUGGCAAAACCAGCUUUACAAAGCAUUGUUUCAAAACAAGUUGGACCAAACGAACAGGGAAUUGCUCAAGGAUGCAUUUCUGGCAUAAGUUCCUUUGCCAACAUUCUAUCUCCAUUUAUAUAUAGUCCUUUGACAGAUCUCUUCUUAUCUGAGAGGGCACCAUUUAAUUAUCCUGGUUUUAGUAUGUUUUGCAUCGGCCUUGCUUGGUUGAUAGCAAUUAUACCUAGCGUGAUGAUAAGGUUUGGUACCUGUGAUUCAAGACACAAAAUAAGGGACAUCCUUUGCUAGAAGGUUUGAAGGAGAAUUCAGCAGGCUAUAUUAAUUUGUAUAUCUAAAAUCCAUUCAAGUGAUGUAUUUUAUAGGAGAGUUUUGUGAAGCAUCCAAAUUCUUACAACAACAAUAAAAAUAAUACACCCAAUAUAAUUUCACCUAUAAUGUUUGAGAAUGACGUUUACCCAAUAUAUUUUCUAUCUUAUAAAGAUUGAGAGACUGUUUCCAAUGAAAAA